ACGUCAUAAAUCGUACGAUGUUGAUUCUUGAACUUAAUUAUAUCAGUUAACUGUAUUUCUCUGUGAAAUAAAUAGUAAAAAGAAUAAAAUAAAAACAAAAAUGGAUAGGCUAAGCUGGGAGCCUUUUGAUAAUAAAAUGGAGUUAGAAACUAAUUUCCAUGGUGCAGAGUCAGCAUUCGAUGUUAAUGAAAUAGCAGACGACAUGUUUAGAAUUAACGAUGAUAAAUUAAUAGGAAUGGUCGGAGAUGAUUUUUUAACUCAAUUUGGAUUAGACGUUGAUUUAGUAAAUACAGAGAUAUCCCAAUCAAAUGAUAUCAGUACUUUGGAUCAAGCAGAUGAUCUCAAAGUACUUCAAUCUGAUGAAAUCAAAUUUUCUAACUUUCUUGAAGACACGUCUGCAAGCAAAACGUUCGAUGAUGCCGACGAAAUGAACAUAAAAGACAAAAAGAAUCCUGUUUCUAUUUUGCAAGAUACAAAAAGCACAGCAUUACAUCAUUCAACAAUAAUACUUCCAAUUAAUACAAUUUCUAAUAUGAUGAGUCACCAAUCUAAUACAAUGACACAAGUACCCCAUAUCAAAUCAGUUCAAUCAAGACUGGAUUCUACAAAUGUACAACAAACCUCUCAGUUAUUAGCUAUUCAAGGUUUUCCAACAGUAAUGUGUAAAUACACAGAAGGCAAUGGGGCAAUUCAACCACAAAAUAUCCAUGUAGUUAACGCUGGAACAAUUUUAACAGGAAUACCCGUAGUAUUCGACACAAAGGAAAAUAGUGAAUCAAAAUCAGAAAGAAAUAAUGUAAAACCUAAUAAAGAAGGAAAACGAUCUGCACAUAAUGCAAUCGAACGACGUUAUAGAACUUCGAUUAACAGUUGUAUUUGUGAAUUAAAAAGUAUGUUAGUUGGUCGUGAUGCUAAGUUGCAAAAAUCUGGAAUACUACGCAAAGCUAUUGAACAUAUUAAAAAUUUAGAACACCAAAACAGACAACUUAAACAAGAAAAUAUGGCUCUCAAAUUACAUUUAUCAAAUGAGACUAAUGACAAUCUCAAGGAUCUACUUUCAAACAAAACUAAAAUUUCAGAAAAACUCGGAGCUGGAAAUCUAACUCCUCCGCGAAGCUGCGAUGAAUCUAAUCCAUCAUUAUCCCCACAGUACUCUGAACCUUCAUCACCUUAUAGCAGUGAUGAAAGUGGAACAUAUAAUGGCAUGGCAUCCCAUUCAAAAUUGACAUUAUGCAUGUUUAUGUUUGCGAUGUUAGUAAUAAAUCCUUUUAAAGCACUUUUGAAAGAGGAGGAAACAUUAAAUUCAGACUAUACAACUGCUAGGCGAACUAUAUUGGAAUCUAAUGAAUAUUCAUUUACAUCGUGGACGCAAUAUGGAUCUACUUUGUCUUUGUGGACUAUUAACAUAUUGAUUUUUGUGUUUUGCUUAUUAAAAAUACUGUUCUUUGCUGACCCAUACAUCAAACAGGGAUCUCGCAUGUCAAAGAUUCUUGAACAAAGGAUAAAAAUUGCUGAAAAUCAAUUUAAGUGUACCAAAAAUAUGGAAAACACAUUUGAAAAGUUUGUUUUGUGUUUGAAUUGUUUUGGUAUACGUUUACCUAAGACAGGAUUUGAUCGUUACGUUUCAAUGACUUGGCAGUUAGUGAGACUAUUUCUAUACGAAACUUUAGGCAAAUGGAUUUCUAAGAUUUAUAUUUUUAAUUCAAGAGCUGAUAAUCUAUAUUCAGCAAAAGAAUUAGCGUAUAUAAACCAUCGAUUAAAUCAAAUUGCCUUAACUUUAAACAUGGAUAAACAAAUUAGAUUAUUAACUUCACUUCAUGCAAUAAAUAUGAUUGAACGCUCGAUUACGAACGCAGAACUAGAUCUGAUAGUUGAGAUUUAUCUUAGUGCUGCAUUAAGUGCAAAAGGAACUUUUUUUAACAUUAUAAGCAGAUAUUGCUUAUGGAAAGCAAAGCACUAUUUAUCACUGACGAAGAAACAUUCACCUUAUGAAUGGACUGUUACAUCCCAUGGAUAUCGUUUCCUAUCAACAUACGAAUGCGAGAACAUCAGUUUAAUGCCAAAGGUCACUAAUAUUUUUACUUCAACGAAAAACUAUGCAAAUCCACUUCAGUAUGUUUUAACGAAAUACAGAGAAUUCUUGUUGGAGAAAAGCUUAAAAAGCUUAGUCGGUUUCACUAACUACAAGCAAGAAGGACUAAAGAAACAAUUUGAACGAGUACUGUUCUUUACUAACUUAUAUAAAGAAUCAAUUUCAAUAGGUGACGUUGAAAGUUUGGGCGAUUGGUGGUGUAAUUUAUUUGAAAUCUCUGCAUAUUGGUCUCUAGCGGAAGAUAAAAAAGCUUAUGAUUUGUAUCUAAAUUUGAGGAAUAUUCCAGCAGUUUUGCUAGAAGACACAUUAUACAGAUCUUUCAUAGCUUCUUUUAGAGCAAAAUGUGAAAUAAAUUCUCCUGAUGGUUUUGAUGGUAUAAAUAUUAUGAAAUAUUGUAAUAUUGGGAGUAAGCUAUUAAAAGAGACCCUAGAUGAUUCAAAAAUAACUGGAAGUAGAAAGUUACUUCAAUAUCUUAUUUGUGAUUGGUUACUGGAAAUAAGGUGGUCCUUAUAUGAGAUAGAAAAAAAUCAACAAUUACAACAUGAUCAAUGUACUUCAGUUCCACUAGAUGUUUUAUCUUAUUUUCAAAACGAUUUGAAUUCACUUCGAACCAUCGUUUUAGAUAUGCCAGUUCUGCAAAGUCGUUUGUAUGUUUAUGAAGCCAGUGAGAGAAUACUAGCUUGUGCAAGCCCAAAUUUUACUCAACAACUCUUGGAUAGAAGUGUAAGACAACGUACUAAUAAUAGAACUUCAAUCAUUUGUGGAAACCGUUCUUCAGCAAAUGGAAAUGAUUUAACAAAAGCAACAGCGUUAUAUUUAGCUUGUAAGCAUUUGCCAGCAGUAUGCUUGUCAGCACCAGGAGAAAGAGCGGGGAUGUUAGAAUGUGCAGCUAAAAGUUUAGAAAAAAUUGGCGACAAAAAAAGAUUAAACGAAUGUUAUAAAUUAAUGAAGUCAAUCAGUAAUGGAAUAACUACAUUUACAUAGUGAGAAAAUUCUAUCAUAUGUUAUUACAAUUAAUUAUUGCCUAUAUUUAUUUACUACAGAGCUAUUUUUGUUUCAUUUAUAUUCAUUACAUAAGAGUAUUCCACUUAACUUGUUUCGCAUAAUUUUUAUCAAAAAUUACAAUGAACAACAUAGAAAUUAAAUAUAGAUUAUGAUCAUAUUAAAUGCCUUAACAAUCAAGUUUUGUUAACUUUUUUUUAGUGAUGUUUUAAUUGUUUUUAACAAUUUUUAAAUUUUAAACUAUUUUAAAGUUUAUUCAUGAACAUUUUGGUUAAAAAAUCAAGAAGUAUCUAAUUUUAUACAAAAAAAAAAACGACUAAAAAAUUUGAAAAUUAUUUUUAGAAAAAUUUUGCAGAAUAAUUUUUUUAUAAAUUUAAUAAAAAUGUGACAGCAAAAUUGAACAAUAAUGUUUCCAUACAAAAUAUACAAAACGAAUAUCUAUAUAAAAAUCCAUGGUUUUUAUUUCAAAAAUUUUUUGAAAAAAUAUUUUUUGAAUACCCUAAGCUUAAGUUUUCUUUACAUCUAAUAAGUGCAUAAGUUCAAAAAACAUUUAUUUAUUGCUUAAAUUGUUUAAAUAAAUUUGUUAAAAAAUAGCUUUAGUAUUAUAUUUUUUAUUAUAUAUUCAAUGAAUGUAAUGAUGUAUGA